AGAGGAGUAUCGGAGUGGUGACGUAACGGACAUUUCCCGCAGCAAGCCUCUCUACCAACUGUCACAGUCAAGGACACCCCUCAUCAAACAUGGUUGCAAGGAUUUUCAACGUUCUGUUGCUAGUAAAAGUGACCGCACUCUAUGUCCUCGAAUACAAUACCAGCUUUGCCCAAGUCAGCAGCCCGACAAAACUGACAGAACUGAACAGAGGAAUUUACGAAAUUGGAGAGAAAUUGCAUAAAGAAUGUCCUUCCUUUUUCGACAGAAAGCUGGCUGAAAAUUUGCUUAUUCUGGGCAGACGACAGACGACAGAAACUGCGUCCAUAUUGAAGAAGCGCGACGCCAUGUUAGACUUGGAGCUGAGACUGGCUGAGAAGACUUUAGCUCAUUUGACGAAAGAGUAUGAGACUUGUGUAAAAGGGCGCGACCCCUGUGCCAGCUCGCCUUGUUUAAACGGCUCCACUUGCUAUGUCUUCAGUGGGAACGUAUGGUGUGAAUGUGUGUCGGGGUUUGGCGGAAAACACUGCGAAAAAGAUCUAGAUAACGCAAAGUAAAGGGACACAGAGUGCUAGUCCUCUACACACAAAGGAUGAUUGGAUUAUUACAAAGUUCAUCGAACUUAUUUACUGAGAUAUAUCACAUCAUGUAUGUUUUCUGCCACACAAAGUGAUCUUAGAAUUAAACAGUUGU